UGGAUCCCCUUGAUCGGUUCGCAAUUCACAUCUCACAGCAAUAAAGGUCUUCCCUCUCUUACUCUCCAAAUCUCACAGUCACCCAAACCUUGACAUACCCGUAAUCGCCGCCUGAAAUGGAGCCCGACGGCGCAGCGCCGAUGCAAGUCGAGUCCGCGGCGGACAAAAGCCCUAACUCGGAGCUCCCUCCCAAAUCCAGAGAAGAAGGCGAGCUCUCUUCGGAUGAUAAUGACGAAAAUCCUGUUCUCUCGGUUGCACGUUCCACUGGUACUACAGGGCCCAUGCUGGUGAACAAAUUCACCCAUGGGAAUCAAGUGGGGAAGGCUGUAUCUCCUGCAAGCUCUGCUGAUAUUCAGUGCCAAACCUCCAAGCAACCUACUUCCCAGAAGAGCAAUGAUGCGAACAGAGUACCAACACCUGGAUGGCGUCCUCCACGUGCCCACUCGGGGCCCAACAAUAAUCUUGUGAUAAGCUUCUCAGACGAUGACAGUCAGAGUGAUUCUGAAGAAAAAGAGCGUGGGAAACUAAAAGCUUUACAAACUAAAAGUAAUAUGGCUCGAGGGAAUGCUAAUGGAAAACCACCCAUUUCUUCACUUGCAAAACCAAACAAGUUGGGACAGGCUGCCAGAAAUGUGAACAAAGUAAUGCCCAAAAAGUUGUCUAUGAAUGGCACAUUUAUGACAUCAAUGGCGAAUAUCCGUGGAGUUAAUUCUAGAGAUUCUGUGCCUUCAUCAGUUGAGCAAGGAUCUCGAGCUGGAAAUUUCAAUUCCGGCAACAAAAAUAUAGUGAACAGAGAGCGAUUAUAACAUACUCGAUUAUAAUAUUUUUUCGCAUUCCCUAACAUAGAGUUUCAUUAUCCUGACAGCGACGAGAACGAGGACGUAAUUGAAUCUUGUCUCUUGUCCUGUAUGUUCGGUGGGGACUAUACGAGAGGGUUUUGGAGGGUAGACUGAAUGCUAUUAUCUCUAAUUCCAUUUUAUGUUGUGGGCAUCACAGUGUGUCCGUUUUUUCAGGGCAUCUCAAAGUGUGCUUGCUAUGAUUUUUGGACCCGCAUUUGCUCAUGUAUGGAAAAGUAUUGGUUUUUGUAAUUUAUUGCAAUAUUUGAAGGGGAGUGAAAUUUGCACUCUC